AUGAAAAUAUACUAUUUCAAUACGAUUGCAAACACAAUCACGAGGCGCAUCAAAAUAAUUUCUCUAAACCAAACUCAAACCAUUUUUUUUUAAAUAAACUAAUUUUAAAGACAUAGCAAAGCUCUCUUAAUUUUACUUUUAAAUAGCUCAUAUUUUUACUAAUUAAUAAACAGCUCAAAAUAAAUAUUUAAAAAAUCCAUUCCAUACAAUUUUAAAUUUAAUAAAUACACAAAAUAAAAUCUUAAUAAAAGAAUUAUCAACCUAAAGCAUAAUAAAUUAAUUAAAUUCAAAUUAUAAAAAAAAUAAAAUAAAAAAUACAGCAUACAUAAAAAUAAACAUAUUCAGAUAAAUGUAUCAUAAAUAGCAUAUUAAAUAAACUAUCUAAUAUUGAUAUUUAUUAUAUAAAACUAAGAUUUUUGA